UUUAAACUUAUACACUCAGUCACUCUCUCUCCUCUCUCUAGCUGGACGUUGUUGUUCACAUUCAAGUCACACUCUCUCCAUUUUCUCUCUCCUAAAAAAGUGGAUUAUUUGGGGAAAAACUUCCCUUUUUCAUCACAGACAAACAGAGAAAAUAGAGAGAGAAUCGCUUCGAAGCCAAGCUAAAAAAGUCGAACAAACCCUAGCUCCAUCAAUUUUACUAUUAACAGGAGAGAGAAAGUGGUCGCACUUUGCUCUCAUUGAUUACGAUUGUUCUUCUCACAUUUUAGAUCUCUUUAAAUUACUCCUUUAAUUUCGCAAUGUGCAGAUAAAUAUCAUUCUUAAGUUUAUAGAGGAAAUGGCGUCGAAGCAAGGGUUAAAAUCAAGAAAAAUGGCGAAUUCUGCAUCAUCUUCAACUACAUCAUCGUCUAAGAAGUUUCUAGAAACUUCGGUUGAUGGACAGGAUUCUCCGGCGUCAUCUUCGGCGAGGAGUAAGCCUCAUAAUCAGUACUACUCUGAGAGUGCCGUUGUUGAGGCUGAUAAAUCGAAAGAGAAUGUCACCGUCACAGUUCGCUUUCGUCCUCUCAGUCCUAAGGAAAUUAGGCAAGGAGAGGAGAUUGCGUGGUAUGCUGAUGGCGAGACGGUUGUGAGGAGUGAGCAUAAUCCGUCGAUAGCGUACGCCUAUGAUCGAGUUUUUGGGCCCACAACCACAACACGACAUGUUUAUGAUGUUGCCGCUCAGCAUGCUGUCAAUGGUGCGAUGGAGGGCAUCAAUGGCACUAUAUUUGCUUAUGGAGUGACCAGCAGUGGGAAGACUCAUACUAUGCAUGGCGAUCAGAGAUCCCCUGGAAUCAUACCAUUGGCUGUGAAAGAUGCUUUUAGUAUCAUCCAAGAGACUCCUAGCCGAGAAUUUCUCCUUCGCGUGUCAUAUAUAGAGAUUUAUAACGAGGUUGUAAAUGACUUGUUGAAUCCAGCUGGGCAAAAUCUACGAAUCAGAGAGGACCAUCAGGGAAUCUUCAUUGAAGGUGUGAAGGAGGAAGUGGUGCUGUCACCCGCUCAUGCAUUGUCAUUGAUUGCAGCUGGCGAAGAACACAGACAUGUUGGCUCUACCAAUUUCAACAUUCUUAGCAGUAGGAGUCAUACCAUAUUUACCUUGACAAUUGAGAGCAGUCCCUGUGGUGAAAACAGUGAAGGAGAGGCUGUUAACCUGUCACAGCUGCAUCUCAUCGAUCUGGCAGGUUCCGAGAGCUCCAAAGCAGAGACCACUGGUGUCCGGCGGAAAGAAGGAUCCUACAUAAAUAAAAGCCUGCUGACUCUUGGAACAGUCAUAUCGAAGUUAACAGAAGGUAAGUCUACACAUAUACCAUACAGGGAUUCCAAAUUAACUAGGCUUCUUCAAUCCUCAUUGAGUGGUCAUGGGCGCGUUUCGCUCAUUUGCACUGUAACUCCUGCAUCAAGUAAUUCUGAGGAAACACAUAACACUUUGAAGUUUGCACAUCGUGCAAAGCAUAUUGAAAUCCAAGCAGCACAAAAUAAGAUAAUUGAUGAGAAGUCACUUAUAAAGAAGUAUCAGAGUGAGAUUCGUUUACUAAAGGAAGAAUUGGAACAAUUGAAGAAGGGCAUUCUCAGUGUUCCUGAAAGAAAAGGAAGUGGAGGAGAAGACAUUGUACUACUAAAACAGAAGUUAGAAGAUGGCCAGGUCAAGCUACAGUCACGUCUGGAAGAAGAGGAAGAAGCUAAAGCAGCUCUCUUGUCAAGGAUACAGCGGUUGACAAAAUUAAUAUUGGUCUCCACUAAAUCUUCACAGUCGUCAAGAUUUCCACACCGUUCUGGUCCCAGGAGAAGGCAUUCUUUUGGGGAAGAAGAGCUUGCUUAUCUUCCUCACAAGAGACGCGAUUUGACCCUGGAUGAUGAGAACAUUGAUUUUUAUAUUGCGCAUGAUGGAAAUUCUGAGAACCCAGAUGUCAUGUUAAAGGAGGAGAAGAAGUCUAAGAAGAAUGGACUCUUAAAUUGGCUAAAAAUUCGGAAAAAAGAUGGUAGCUUGGGUGCUAGUAGUGAUAGAUCAAGUGUAGUGAAAUCAAAUAGUACACCCUCAACUCCGCAAGCAGAAAGUGUAAAUCUCAAUGCAGAAUCCAGAUUUUCCCAGUCUCUGCUUACUGAAAGGACAAAUUCUGCAGAACUUUCACCUGUGGCUAGACAGGAUAGAGAAACGCCUGAAGAUUUUUCUGGACAGGAGACACCUCUGACAAGUACAAAAUCAAUCGAUCAAAUCGAUCUCCUGAGGGAGCAGAAAAAGAUUCUGUUUGGUGAGGUUGCCCUUCAUUCAAGUGCUUUGAAGCGUUUGUCUGAAGAAGCAGCAAAGAAUCCCAAGGAGCAUAUCCAUAAUGAAAUGAGGAAGUUGAGAGAAGAGAUCAGAGCUAAGAAUGAACAAAUAGCUUCCCUUGAGAAGCAAAUUGCUGAUACUGUGGUUGCUAACUAUGACAAGAUGGACAAAUCUGAGAUGUCGCUAACUGUUGCUGAACUUGUGAGCCAACUGAACGAGAAGUCUUUUGAACUUGAGGUCAAAACUGCAGAUAAUCGGAUAAUCCAAGAACAGCUGGACCAAAAGAUCGGCGAAUGUGAAUCAUUGCAAAGAGAUAUUAGUUCCUUGAAGCAGCAACUCUCUGAGGCCUUGGAAUCCAGAAAUGCGACCAAUUCACUCAUUGAUUCGCAGCAGCAUGGUGUAAUACAAUCAGUAUUUGGGGGAGUUGAGAUGAACAAGGAAAAUCGAUCAUUGGUAGAUAUGAGUGAAAAGUUGGUACUGCGUGCCCAGGCCACUGAAAUUGAAGAACUGAAGCAGAAGUUGAGUGAACUUACUGAAACAAAGGAUCAGCUGGAACAACGAAACAAGAAGCUGGCAGAGGAAAGUUCAUAUGCCAAAGGAUUGGCUUCUGCUGCAGCUGUUGAAUUAAAGGCUUUGUCGGAGGAGGUUUCCAAGCUGAUGAAUCAAAAUGAAAAGCUAACUAAAGAGAUGACAGCUGCGAAGAAUCCCCCCGCUCAGCGUAGAUUGAUUGGAGCACCAAAAAAUGGAAGGAGAGAGAGUCACGUGAAACGCCAGGACCAAGGCCCGAGCACCUCAGAUCUUAAGAAGGAGUUGGCCGUUAGCAAAGAACGAGAGUUUGCAUAUGAGUCUGCCCUCCAAGAAAGAGAUCUAAAAGAGGCAGAGCUCGAGAGAAAAGUGGAAGAAUCCAAACAACGAGAAGCAUACUUGGAAAAUGAACUUGCUAACAUGUGGGUUCUUGUAGCCAAGCUAAAAAAAUCACAGGAAGUCGAUUCUGAUAUCUCUGAACCUGCUAGAGAGAGCCAGAGAACUGACAAUUGGUAAUAACUUGACAUAUAGUGUACAAAGGAAAGGGGGGGGGGGGUCGAGUUGUAAAUUGAAAUUGUGGAACUGUGGUUAGUAUCAGGGUUUUUCUAUAACAAAUUCAUAUUGAUUCUGCAAUGAGUGCUGAUGCGUGAGCUUUUGAUGUUAUUGAUACCCUGAUUCUGUUGUAAUUAAUACCAAUCAAGUUCCCUUUUGGCUGAUUUUUCCA